CCACUCUCUCCUUCUCUCUCUCUCAGUGAAGUAAAAUGGCGCUCCAUCGACCAACGGUGGCCACUCUUGCUCUUAUUUUCACUAUUUUAUGUCCCCUAAGUGAUAGUUUGAGUGAUAGCUAUGGCAACGAUGCAGUGGUGUUCCUUGGUGGUGAUGGUGAAGCCGGCGCUGUGGUAGUGAACGCUGGAGCCAGAAGCACUCACCGUUCUCAUAGCAACUCAGUAUCUCGCUUCUCCUCCACCUUCUGCACGGUAGACCACGACAGCUGUGUACUGGACGACAUCCCAUGUGCCCUUAACACUACCUGUGAGGCGGCUUUCCCGAACAUAAUUCUGGCCAUGGAGAUUGGCAAGGACAGUCCAGUACCUACCAGACCCAUCUGUACGAGACAAGGCAGCUGCUCUUGUGGGAGUGAUCGAUGUGUGUCCUUCAGUCGACAAUUCGGUCAUGAUACCACAUUCUACUACUGCGGCCCUUGUGGUUACGUCGGUUCACAAUGUAGGAACAACACCUGUACCCACGAGCUGGCUACUUGUUCCGGGUCAUACUGCCAGUGCCAUGGUACCUUCUACGAGUUUAGCUACUGCAAGAUACCUUACAUGGGUUACGAAACAGCUCUUCAGUUGGCCAUUAUUAUAUGUAUCGUCAUCGCUUGUUGUCUCCUCAUAGCAUCUAUCUACAGCAUGAUCAUCGGGAGACGAUUACGAAUGAUACCUAGGAGACUCCGGAGACGUCGAGACGAAGAUGGAAACCAGGAGUCUCCAGCUGACGAUACGCCCCCUACGUACGACGACGUAGUGGAGAACCUUCCGUCGUACCAGGAUGCCCUCCAGAUGGCCGAGGUUAACCCUGACGAAGGCAUCACCAAUCCUGCCUUUGAUAAACACGACCCUUUGUCUCCUCCGUAUGGGAACGAGCACCUGGAAGAGGAAGAGGUAGGGAGAAGAUUUGAAGAGGAGGAAAACGAAAAGGAAGAAGAUCACGAAGAAGAAAGCAGAGAGGAAGAAGAGGGGAAGGAUAUUUCUCAAGCGGAUGAAGAAGGAAAUGGCGAUCUUCAACAUCAUCCACAAAGAGACGAGAUUUCCCUCUCAGACAGGGAAGCUCGACCAAUAGACGAAGAGAGAUCACACGGGGAGGCCUCUGAUUUGCCGGAGGUUCACCAAUCAGCUACUAGAUCCAAAAUGUGCCUUCAGCCAAUUGAAGUUCCGCUGCACGAAGCUCUUAACUCACAUGAAUGUUAAAGAAUAGUGCUUACGAGGGUUCUACUUAAAUCAGUAUACCUGUAUAUUGAUGCUGCUUGUAGUAGUCUAGUCAAAAAUGAGAUAUGACCUCCAAUAGUGGUAGUGUGUGGUAAGAGUGUACAUAGGGUGUCACAGAAAAAUGUCCCUAACCUCCCUGCCUCUCCCUCCCUGCUCCCUGUAUCUCUUCUCCCCCGCUCCCUGUCUUCCUCCCUGUCUGCUCCCUGAGACACUGAGAGUUGGAGGAAAGGGGGGGGGGGGCAGGGAGGCUGGGACAUCCAUAUAAGUGGAUUUUAUAUACCUAUACAUAUAAGAAGAUAAUGCUACUGGUAUAUUUAUUAUAAUUGCAUUUAUAUAUAUAUAUCACGCUAGAUAUAAUUGCCAUUUAAGCCUUAAAAAGUAACUGAAGUUGGUUAGGUUAGAUUAGGUUAGGUUAGGUUGGUUAGCUAGGUUAGGUUAGGCUAGGUUAGGUUAGGUUAGGUUAGUUUUUUAUGAAACUAUUCAUUUAUAUAAAUUUUUAUAAGUAAUUUAUAUGAUCGUUAUGGCCAGUCAGAAAUUAUCGCUAUUCGGCAAUACUAUAAUAAAUAUAUACUAUUAUAUCGUCCAUUAUAAUAU